AUGAUACAAAUGAAUUUCUUCUUCAGCAUUUGUAGAGGCUCUAGAACUGCCGUCCAUCAUCUCUGUUCAUUUUCUUUAUAUUCCUCUAUAUUUCCUCUGUCUGUUAAUAUCUAUCUAUCUAUCUAUCUAUCUAUCUAUCUAUCUAUCUAUCUAUCCCAGUCUGGUCAUAUCUAUCUAUCUAUCUAUCUAUCUAUCUCAGUUUAUUCAUAUCUAUCUAUCUAUCUAUCUAUCUAUGUGUAUUCCUUUUUCUUCUUUGUCCUUUUCACAGUCUUUUUUCAUUUUUUUUUUUUUGUUUUUAUUUUUCAUUUGUUUUUAGAAAAAUUGUCCAUUUUCUUUUCAUUUUCUUUUUUUUUUGUUUAUUAUACGGUCCAAGCCUUUUUUUUAUUUCUUGUUCUCAUAUUUUUUUAUUUUUUUUUUUUUUUGUUUAUUAUACGGUCCAUUUUUGACUUCUUAUUUUUUAACCGAUUUUUUCAUUGUCUUUUUUAUUUUUUUUAUUAUAAAAUGUAUUUUCAAAUUUUUCUUCUUUUUGUUUUCAGACCGUCUUUUCAUUGCCUUUUUUUUUUGAUUUGUUUAUUAUACGGUCAAGUUCUUUUCUUUUUUUCUUUGUCCUUUUCACCGUUUUUUCAUUUUUUUUUUGUUUAUUAUACGGUCCAAGCUUUUUCUUCUUUGUCCUUUUCACCGUUUUUUCAUUGUCUUUUUUUUUUCUUUGUUUAUUUAUACGGUCCAUCUUUUUUUUUCUUUGUCCUUUUCACCGUCUUUUUCAUUGUCUUUUUUUUUUUCUUUUUUUUUACGGUUUUCUUUUUUUUGUUUUGUCCUUUUCACCGAUUCUUUUUCAUUGUUAAUUUUUUUUUUUUUUGUUUAUUUUACGGUCCAAGCCUUUUCUUCUUUGUCCUUUUCACCGUCUUUUCAUUGCCUUUUUCUUUUUUUCUUUGUUUAUUAUACGGUCCAAGCCUUUUCUUCUUUGUCCUUUUCAUUGUCUUUUCAUUGUCUUUUUUUAUUUUGUUUAUUAUACGGAAAUUCCUUUUCUUCUUUGUCCUUUUCACCCCUUUUCAUGGGUUUUGUGAUUUUCAACCGUUUUUUUUGCCUUUUUUUUUUCUUUUUAUUUUUUUUUUUUGUCCUUUAAAACAUUUUUUUCUUCUUUUGUCCUUUUCACCUUUCUUCCAUUUUUUUCACCGUUUUUCAUUUUUUUUUUUCUUUUGUUUAUUAUACGGUCAAAGCCUUUUCUUCUUUGUCCUUUUCACCGUUUUUUUCAUUGCCUUUUUUUUUUUUAUUUAUUAUACGGUCCAAGCCUUUUCUUCUUUGUCCUUUUCACCGUUUUUUCAUUGUUUUUUUUUUUUUUUUUUUUUAUUAUACGGUUCAAGCCUUUCUUCUUUGUCCUUUUCACCGUCUUUUUCAUUGCAGUUUUUUUUUUUUUGUUUAUUAUACGGAAAAGAAUCCUUCUUUCUUUUGUCCUUUUCACCGUCUUUUUUCAUUGCCUUUUUUUUUUUCUUUCUUUUUAUUAUACGGUCCAAUUUUUUUCUUUGUCCUUUUCACCGUCUUUUCAUUGCCUUUUUUUUUUUAAUUAUACGCCUUUUCUUCUUUUGUUUUUUUCACCGUUUUUUCAUUGUCUUUUUUUUAUUUUGUUUAUUAUACGGUCCAAGCCUUUUCUUUUUGUCCUUUUCAAACGUCUUGGAAAAUUGCCUUUUUUUCUUUUUUUUAUUAUACGGUCCAAGCCUUUUCUGUUUUGUCCUUUUCACCGUCAUUAAGAAUUUUUUUUUUUUUUUGUUUAUUUACGGUCCAAGCCUUUUCUUCUUUGUCCUUUUCACCGUUUUUUUCAUUGUCUUUUUUUUUUUUUUUAUUAUACGGUCCAAGUUUUUUCUUCUUUGUUUUUGGUCUUUGACUACUUUUUUUUCAUUCUUUUUUUUCCUUUGUUUAUUUUACGGUCCAAACCGCCUUCUUGUUCCUUUUCAUCGUUUUUUCAUUGUCUUUUUUUCUUUUUUUUUAUUAUACGGUUCAAGCCUUUUUCUUAUUUGUAGAUUUUUCACCGUCUUUUUUCAUUGUCUUUUUUUAAUUUGUUUAUUAUACGGUCAAUGGAUAAUUUCUUCUUUGUUAAUUUUCACCGUCUUUUCAUUCCAGUUUUUUUUUCUUUGUCAAUUAUACGGAAAAAUUACCCUUUUGUCCUUUUCACCGUUUUUUCAUUUCUUUUUUUUUUUUGUUUUUUACGGUUCAAGCCUUUUCUUAUUUGUCUUUUUCAAUACUUUCUUUCAUUUUUUUUUUUUUCUUUUGUUUAUUAAACGAGGAAAUUUGUCCUUUUCACCGUCUUUUCAUUGUCUUUUUUCUUUUGUUUAUUAUACGGUCCAAGCUUUUCUUUUGUCCUUUAAAACCGUUUUUCAUUGCCUUUUUUUUUCUUUGUUUAUUAUACGACUUUUUCUUCUUUGUCCUUUUCACCGUCUUUUCAUUGUUUUUUUUUUUUUUUUAUUAUACGGUCCAAACCUUUCCUUCUUUGUCCUUUUUCACCGUCUUUUUCAUUGUCUUUUUUUUUCUUUAUUAGAUAAGGUCCAAGCCUUUUCUUCUUUGUCCUUUUCACCAGACGCUUUUUCUUUGUCUUUUUCCCGUCUUUUUCAUUGCUUUUUUUUUCUUUUUGUUUAUUAUACGGUCCAAGCCUUUUCUUCUUUGUCCUUUGAGUCUUUUUCAUUUUUUUUUUUUUUCUUUUUUAUUAUACGGUCAGAGCCCUUUUUCUUUUUUCUUUGUUUUUUAACGUCUUUUCUUUUUUUUUCUUUUUUUUUUUUACAAUACGGUCCUUUGCCGAAAAGAGAGAGACCACUGAACUUUGUUUCUUUUCCCUUGUUUUUUCAUUUCUUUUUUUUCUUUUUUUAUUAUACGGUUCAAGUUUUUUUUUUUCUUUGUCCUUUUCAGAGUUUUCAUUGUUUUUUUUUCUUUGUUUAUUAUACGGUCCAACCCUUUUCGUUUUUGUCCUUUUUUGUUUUCAUUGUCUUUUUGCCUUUUUUUAUUUUCCUUUUUUUCUUCUUUUUUUUAGAAAGAGACAUUUUCUUUUUUCGCACUUCCGAAGACAGAGACUUUUUUCUUGAGUUUCUUUUAGAAAGAGACAAAAUUUUUCUUUUUUUGCCCGAAGAUAGAACGACACAGAGUCUUUUUUCUUUUAUUUACAGAGACUUUUCAAGCUUUUUUCUGCUUUGA